AUGCACGGCAUUCGUCGAUACAACGAGGACAAGACGCCACAAGACUGUCUUGAUAAAGAGGCCAUCAUGGCUCAGUUCCUCAAAGAGCUGGAACCGGAGUUCCAAGCCGGCCAGGGGGACAACUUGGUCGCCGUCGUUCGCGACUGUCUACUAUGGUGUAUCGGAGUUCUAGAAGGGAGGCCGGAGAUCCCACGCGUUUGGCAGGAUAUCCCAUGCAACGGGGACGACCUGCUCGACUGGAAGAACGACUACGAAGUGUUUUGCUACCUCUGGAAUCAAUGGCAGACAGAUACCCUCUCUGGGUUGCCACAGCCAUCCUGGGUCCAACGAGCCGAAGAGGACCUAUGCAUCUCAGCUACUGAGCUUCUAAUCACGAUCAGCUACCUAAUUAUGGAUGGUGAUGGUGAUGAUGAUGAAGGAAAUUCCAACGGGGCAGCCGACACCCAGGAGCAUGAUCCUUACCGUCUGGUCCAACGCGCCUUGAAGAACGCUAAGCUCGAAGCCGGCAGCGAUGACACACGGCUUUGGAGCAACUUUCUCGACAAGUUCUGCUGGAUGAACGAGCUGACUGAUAUGGAAUAUAAAGACAAGACUUUCAAGGCUGAGGUCAUGGAGUAUGUUCGAAAAUACGUAUUCAAGAUGCUCACGAGCGGUAUACAUAAUGUCGACGGUGAUGGGAGUUACUCACGGGGAGAUUCUGAGUACGAUGACUUCACAGCAUAG